AUGGAGGACUUUGCCUUUAGCCAAUUAAAGCCGGAUCUUUUGCAAAACAACGACGUCGAGUCUUCGCCGGUGAUUCGUGCAAAGAUAUCCACGUAUUUGAGCAAACUUCACAUUCAAUUGGAGUCGAAAGAGAUAUCCAAUGAUGAUCUAUCCAAUAUUAUUGAACAGCUGGAUCUGUUUAUAGAUCAUUUCGUUUCCACAUUCAAGGAAGUUGUUGAAAUACAUCAUCUCAGCUCAAAGCUCAAUACAUUGUUUGCAAAAGUUUACACGCUUGUUUUGUCGCUCAUGUUGAAGAAUGCCCAUGAUAAGUUCAAUAUUAGACUUAUUGAUGUGACCAACAAGAUGGUCAACUUGCUGACCGAAACUAAAAAGCUUUCUAUCAAAACCAAUUGGUACUCCUCAAUCAAACACAUGGCAUUGGCGGUUUUGCAGGCGAUCUUUGCUCAAUUUGGCGGGUUCUUGAACUCGUUUAAAAAUCCAGUGCUAACAACAGUCUAUAAAUACGUUUCAAAAUGUCACGACAAUUACAACACAGCCAUCGAAUCUUCCAUCUUCAAGGCAAACUACUUUACAGAUUUGGUUCUAUUGGCAGAUAUUAUGCUCACAAACGACAAUAGCACAAACACUUUGGACGAUAAACUGUUCACCAGACUCACCAAGUUGACCAAAUAUGUCACUCACAAAAAAUCGCCUCAGUCGUUCACGUAUCCCGUUCUGAGCGUCACAUAUGCCUACAACAUUCUAAUCCAAUUGCUCAAGUCGGACCGGUUUGUCCUAUCUGUUUUGGGCAGAAAGAGCGUUCCCUCUGUCACCACUUACAUCACUGCUAUAAGUACAUAUUUAACCGAUAUCAUUGAGUCCAUGGUGACAGAACACUCUCAGCUGAGACUUUCGUUGGCAAAGAACGUGAGCGAUCUGCUUGCAUUCAACGUGGUUGUUUUCGGUCUCAACCUUGGCGAAGAGGACAAGAGUUUUGAGUACUCCGUCAAUUUCAUCAUGGUUGCAUACACAAACGACAAUUACGACAACAAGGUCAGAGAUGGGUUGAUGAUGGCGUUGAUCCAGCUCAUGACAAAGAUGAACUUGUAUUACAGCACGAACUCUGUGUCGACGGGACACAAGUCUGGGGUUAAUUACACGAGUCUCAAGUUCUUUGAUCUACUCAAUAUUGUCUAUUACCAUUUAUUUGGUCAGGGAACGGCUACUAACCAGUUAAGACCCGCUAAAGACGCAGAUUUCUUUAAGAUUGGCAACUCGUCGACCCCUUCUGAGUCUAUUUUCAACCAGAUUGAUACUUGCUACUCGCUUCUUUCCAGGGAUAUCGACUCAGACAUCAACAGGUUGAUCAUUCUCGGCAAGAUAGUUUACGGCGACUCAACAGAAUCCAAAGCUAUCAAGUUCCCAUCGUUGGUCGAGAGCGUUUCUGCCAAGGACCAGGAUGCGUCGAACCAGUACUAUGUGCUUUCACUGUUGAAUUUGGCCCAACUACUCAUCGAGCAGCUGGAUCAGUACGUUUUAUCUCAAGUUGAUGGAAUUUCAGAGUCGCAUGACGGGUUUGCCUCUCAAUUGUGCAACACCCUGUUUGAACUUUGCAAACAUAAAAACUUUAAGAUCAGAGUUUCUGCCGUGGACACUAUCAGCAAGCUGGUUACUAUUAAACCUGAACUCUCGUUCGAUCUGCUCAACGAUUCGUUAUCAACAUUGCUCUCCUCCUUUGAAGAGGGAAAGGGCGACCAGAACUUCAUGUUCAACGAGUCUCAUGGAUUGGCCUUUUUGAUUGCAUCCACCUUGUCUUCGUGUCCUAAAGAACACAUCAAUGCGGAUUUUGUUCUUCAAAUCUUUUCUGUUGCAUCCAACUUUUUGAAAAAGUUCAACUCCACCGUGAUCAUGGGCAACUUGUUUGGAACCGGUUCGGGAAGUUACGUUUCAAAUGUGAACUAUGAGAAACAGCUGGUCAGUUGGAUCAUUCUUAUGGGGCUGUUCAACUAUGCAACUGAAAAAGAUGGCAGUUCUGGUAGCAAUUUCUUCCUUCUUGAGAGUUCGCAAUUCAUCACCAUUUGGAAGAACUUGCUUACACAUUCGAUGCCAUCUGAUUUUGUGCAAACGGCCUUUGUUGAUGGAGUGGCCAAAGUCACCAACCUGAACGAAAUCAUGAAACUUGUCGAGAUCAAAAACCAUUCUCUUGUGUGUUUGCUAAGUUAUAUCAACUAUCUUUCAUCUACAAAGUCUUCCGUUGAGGGCUCUUCAAGAUCCAGCUUGCUUACACCGGAGAUCGCCUCGUCGCUGAGCCAGAUCAUCAAUAAGAGCUUUGCAUUUAUCUCAAACUUGAAACUGCAGGUUUCUAGCAUCCCGCUACCAUCCAUCUUGGAAACCACCAUCAAAUUUCAUAUCCUCAGAGUCUACCAAAAUCAUAUUAAAUUGGCUCCGUUCCUGCCCCGCAACGACUCAAAUUCAGGACUCAUGAUCGAUCUGUUGGACAACUUCUGCAACUCUGGUUUGGCUACCUACAAAUCCAACACGUUCAAGGUGGACGAAUUGCUGAUCAAGUCGACCAGUUUAAGAAGACUGAAACCAAUAGCUCAGUUUCAAACCAUUGACGAGCUUCCUUUGCAGAGUCUUUACACUAUUGAGUCGAGCAAAGUAAAGAGCCAUCUAGUUCCGUGGACAGAUUUCCGAUUCAACCCGCUACACAGCUCCACGUUCUCCAACGAUUACUUGAUGUACCUCUUCAACGGAUCAACAGACUUUGGAUACACAGACCAGCUACGGUCUCCGCCAUCGGUCGAGGUGAUGAUCACCGACCUGUCCAUUGAAAUCUUUGCUGUUUCCUUCGGGUAUCUGUCACCAAAGAUCCAGAUCUCCGUUCUGGAGACGUUACAGGAAGCCGUGUUCCCCAAAUCUGGCUCCGGAAAAAUUCUAACCGCACUCAAUGCCGGUGUUGCUCUGCACAGUGCUCUGAGUUACAUGCACAACCACAACGAGACGGCAAGACAGUCGGGAACGAUCUCGGUGCUACGUCUAACCAAUUCGGUCAGCACGAUGCUGAUCGAUAUACUCCAGAAACUCUAUGCCGAACACAGUUACCUGUCCAAACUGGCAGCUUUGAACUCGGGCGCAAUUGGGUUUGUCUGCUCGCUGUCGGAGUCGAAGGAGUCACUGCUCACAGACCAGAUCGCCAUUACCAUCAAGUCUAUUGUCGAGAACACCGACCCAGAAGCCAGAUCGUUCAAUAUCCUGCUUCUUUCUAAGAUCGCCGAGUACUCUGCUCUCAUGAACAUCUCCAACAUCUUCACUGUUCUCACCACGCUGGUUGUGGAUCCGCACCCGCUGGUCCACGCCUCGUCGCUGGACGCCCUGUCCAGUGUCAUUGCCAGCCAGAGCCAGGUAGAACUGAUCGGGCCCCUACUCACACGCGUGCUCGGCGUGAUCGAGCACGUGAUCGACUCGGACGAGUUUGGGUUCAAGUCCACGGUCACCGUCACGUCAAACACAAACUACAAGCCGGAACAGAACUCGGUGGUGAUUCUGGCGCGGCUGGUGAGAACGCUGGUCAACAACGCUGGUCCAACCAUCUCGUUCUGGGAGCCUGCUCAGAAACAGAAACUCGUCAACGUCUUAUUUGCUUUGAUGUACUUAGAAAACACCAGUCCCGAGGCAGUGACCCGCGAACUCCUGAAGGCGCUGGAGGAGCUGUUUAUCUUCGACAAGUCGCUCAUCCCGCUCGAAAGAUACACGUACUUUGUCAAGUUUGUCAUCACCAACAAUAUCAAGCUGGGAGUUUCCAGCGGCCAUUAUGUGGACUCGGAGGAGUCGCGCGAGAUCUACCCGGUCACCAGCAGCAAUGUGAACUGGCAGUUGGCUCUGGAGUCGUACAACCAGAUGCUCAAGCUUGGUUGCAAGAUGGACACCGAAAUGGAGCAGCUACUCUGGAUAGCUCUGGAGUACUCCGAUAGCACUACUGCGAAGGAGCUGUUUGAGAACCUGUUGGACUACGCGUCGACUCAGGACCGGGUUGUUUGGUUUGAGAAGCUCAUCAAGCUGUUCAACGUCAACAAGCACGUGUUGUACGAGCCACUGCUCUCCAAGUACAGAAAACGCAUUGCUAACAACGGGAUGUUCUUCAACCCGCUGCGGUUCCGGAAACCGGCUCUUGCUAAGUCGAAAUCCAACACUCCAACGCCUGCGCCGGCAGCCAAGUCCGAGCAGUCGGACUUUGAGAUGGAAGACGAGGGUGAGAAGUUUGCUGAUGCCGACGACGAGUCGCCUGUGAAGCACGAGAGCACGCUCGACUCGGCCAAACAGGACCCGGCCAAGCCAGCGUACUCAGAAACCGUGACGGUGCAGACUAUGGUGCUGGACAACGAGCCAACCAACUGGCGGUUCAAGCUGUACAUUAUGCAAUUGCUCACGAAACUGGUGGAGUACGCGCGGACCGACGCCCGGCUCGAGAAAUACGUCUCCACCAAGGUUUCUGAGCUGGUUGAGAUCGCGUUCGUAUGCUCCACGUCGAGUUUGAUCAAGCUGCGUGUUUCGUCGCUCAAGCUGAUCGGCGAUAUCAUCGACAUGUACGGAAACAUGACCGACCCGGUGUACCCUGAGGUUUCGCUGUUGGGCCAGCAGUCGGCACAGAUCACCACGGCCAUUGUGCCUGCGUUCAGCAGAGACUCCAAUAUUGAGCUCGCGUGCACGGCCGUUGUUCUUGCGUCCAAGCUGUUGAGCAGCAACAUCGGCCAGGUGAGCCGGAUGAACAGAAUCGUCAACGUGCUCACCACGUCGCUCGAGGAGUUUGCCAACGCAAAGGGCUCCAACAUCGAGUCGGCCGUCGGCAGUCGCAACACGCUCAAGAUCGGCGAGGUGGCCGUGCUCACGAAAAAGUCCCAGAACAAGCUGCUGGUGUACAUUUUACAGGCCUGGUCCAGAAUCAAGGUCAACUGUCCUCACGAGAACAGCGAGACCCGCAGGUUGUUGGACAAGUACAUCGGGAUUCUCACGCCGCUGUGGCUCUACUCGCUGCGGGACUUCGCCAUGAUGAAGUACGGAAGCAGCUUCCUGGUGGUCAACGCAGACGACGUGGACAUCCAGACCUACGAGGAGUGCUGGGUGGACUUCGUGGAGGCGAUCGGCGUGAUUGCGCACGAAGACCAGGCCCAGCUCAAUGAGCUGCUACACGGUGACGGAGCAAACUUCUUCCUGGUGCUGUUUGGCCAGUGUGUGGAGCACCUGAUUAAAAUCUCGUCGAGAAUGAGAAACACGGUCAGUGCAUACGAGUUCCGUGUGCUGGACGCGCUGAUUGGAAUCCUCAAGCUCAAACCAGCACUCGAACUGGUGUUCGAAGAUCACGUGUUUGCCGAGUUUAUUGAUCUCCUAGACAGACUAAUUCUCACAGCAGACCCGGCGUUCAAGAUCAAGAUCGUGGAGCUGGCCUCGAAUGUGUUUGAGUCCUAUUUCACCACCUCUUCCGGCUCGAAGUCCUCGGAAGAACUCCACGACGACGUGGACAAGCUAUUCGAGCUCUUGAGAAUUAACAUGCUCGCCAUCAUCCAAAUCCUGCCGUUUAUAAGAGACCGCGAUUUGGCAAAGGUCCCGCUCAAGCCCGUGGAAGGCCUGGAUCUCGUUCUUUUGAAAAAAGCGUUCGACGCAUCGUUGAACAUGAUUGCGUUCCUCCCAGACGUGAUCCAGCUCGACUUUUACACGUGCUUCCUGUACUCGUUCACGCUGAUCUACGAGUUCAACAACACAGAUAUCAUUGCUAUCCUGUUGCCAACUCUCAAGAAAACUAUGACCGGGAUCACACAGGUGGACCCUCAAAACGCAAGCUUGUCGCAAUUCUUCCACUCCAUCAAAAACAGACUCGACGUUUCACAGAAAAACUCCAUUCUGACCGUCUCCAUCCUCAUCACAACAAUCAACGAGCUUCCUCUCACCACAGAAGAGGCCAAAUGGGUGUCUGAAUUCAUCGUCCAUGGACUCGUCUCGGAAGAACCAAGUCUAAACGCUAUUUCCACGCAGACCAUCAAGUCGCUGAUCAAACACAACGAGGUCCACGGCCUGUUGUUGGAGAACUUUAUUCCGAAACUGGUGGAGCUGCUGUAUUCGUCCCAACUCAAGGACCCUAGAUUGGCCAUCGAAACACUAGUGGCAUUGACCAAGGCCGUCUCAAAGGACAAGGUGAACGGAUGUCUCAAGAUCAUCGUUCCAAUCAUCAUCUGGUUUGACGAGUUCACGUCCCACAGCUAUGAAAGCUAUUUGCAUCAAAAACUGUUGGACCUUCUCCGUUUUGCCCCAGCAAGCUUCAAGUCGUUUGUUGACACCUGUACAGACGAACAAAAACUAGUUCUCGAACGUCUGGUGAAACUGAACGCUGCUGUUGGAAACGAACCAGAAGUGGUUGCCCAGGAACUCUCGCACAUCAAGUUGAAAACUUUCGGUGAAUAG